AUGCCCUGCUCUGCUUUCCCAUCACCGGUCCCAAUCGCGGAUGCUAAGUUUGGCACCAGCUAUGCCCGCCUCUGGGGACAACAUGUCCGUACUGAACGGCGUAUGGAGAUCCGGGCAGAAAUAGACCGGCUGUAUCGUAGUUUGGCUUCCGCUCCCCGCCGCCCAGAAUAUACCAUGCCUUCAAUACUAGAUAAAAUACACUGGGUCAAUGGCGAGUAUGUUCCCUCCGGGGACUCCGAGCAGUGGUGGGAGAAGGUGAACAAACGGAUGGUACGAUUGAAGAGAAUGGGCCGAGCAUUAUGGUGA